AUGGACACCUGCUGGGAACAAGCGAAAGCUAGACUGCCUAUUCUUUUCCCUAAUGCGACGUUGCGUGGCCAGAUCAGAGGUCGUCUUUUGGCGCUACGUUUGGAAGACAGGCUUGAAUACCUUGAAGGAGAAGACGAAGAGUGUAAGAAUCACUCCCGGUCAAUUGGUCCCGAUGUUCUUCGAGAGUUGGAGGGAGUUCUUGAUGAAGUUUUGUCAUCUACAUCUGAAAUCAUAUUAACAAAUGAAACUGAUAUGAUUUCAGAUUUAGUUGACUAUAUGUCAACUAUUUCUGAACUAAAUAUAGGGGAGGAAGAAUAUCGAAGGAGAAUAGAGGAUCUUAAACUUCGACUGCAAGAAUAUGAAAAUAUUUCAAACGAAGUUCAAGAUCUUCAAAUUAGUAUUCAAGAUCUUGCUAUUAAAAAAUUAUAUCUUAUUGUUAUGUACGAAUUCUAG